AUGGUUGAGCCCGGCUCCUCUUCUGCCGCCACCGACGCCGCGACCUCGCCGAGCUCCCUCUCCUCUUCGGCGACUGCCCCUGCCACCUCUUCGGCGACCUCGCCGGGAUCCUCCCUGUUCAUCUUCUCCGGCGCAUCCGGUAGCACCGGCCCCUCUCAGUUCGCCCCCCUCUUCUCGUCCUCGGCUCCUGCGCCGCCCACCCCGGCCCCUCGCAAUCCGAUCUUCUUCGAUCACAUCACCAACCACAUCAAAUUCCUGCUCAAUCAGGCCGACCACAACUACCACAAGUGGAAGUCAUUCUUCAUGCUCGUUCUCGUCCGCUAUGGCGUCACCUUCCUCAUCGAGCAUCCCCCUCCGCCCAACGCCGACGCCCAGUACCUGGAGCUGGACGCCCAUGUGGUGCUCUGGAUCUACGCCACCUUCGCCGACCCCCUCAUCGACCACGUCAUCGGCGCCACCACCACGUACGAGCUCUGGACCAAGAUCGAGGCCUUCUUCCUCGCCAAUCGGGCUGUGCGGUUCAUGGUGCUCAACCGCCAGUACCGCAAUCUGAAGCAGGGCGAUCUCUCCGUCACCGAGUACACCCGUCGCCUGAAGCUGCUCACUGAUGGUCUCGCCGACAUCGACCACUCCGUCAAAGAGGUGGAUCUCACCACCCAAUUCCUUCAGGGCCUCGACAAGCGGCUCGACACCAUCCGCGUCAUCCUCGGCGAUCAGGCAUCCACCAUGCCCUUCGACACCGUCCUCUCCCACGUCGUCCUGGCGGAUGAGUCCCAGGCCCAGCGUGCUGCUGAGGAGAGCGCUUCGGCGUUCGCUCUCCCUGGCGCUUCCGGAUCGGGCGACGCCUCUGGAUCUGGCGUGCGCUCUCAGGGUGAUCGCGGCGACCGCUCUGGUGACCGCGGCUCCGAUCAUUCCCAGGCUCCGCCUCCGCCUCCGCCGCAGCCCCGCGGCCGUGGUGACCGCGGUGACGGUGCCGACCAUGGCCGCGGGCGUGGACGUGGACGCGGGCGUGGCCGCCACGACUCUGGUGGACGCGGCCUACCGUCGCAGCCCGCCCCGUUCACGGGCCACUUCGCCCCGUACGGGAUGGCGCUCCCUCUGCCUCGACCUGGAUGGGUGCCGCCCAACUCCGCCGGGGUUCUCGGCCCCCGGCCCGGCUCACAUGCCCACGCCUACCCGAUGUAUCAAUCGGCGCCUCCUCCGUCCUCACCGUACUACCCGCCUGCACCACCUUCAUGGGAGCACCUCGCCAUGUUGAACGCCGCCUACAGCAACGGCGGCCUCCCCCCCACUCCGUCGUCGGAUUGGUACCUCGACAGUGGCGCCUCCUCCCACAUCACCGGCAAUCCAGGUAUCCUUACCUCGUCUAGUUCUUCUUUAAAGCAUGUGCCAACUAGCAUUCUUGUCGGCAAUGGCCAACACAUACCCGUCACGGCCACCGGCUCUGUCGCCCGCCCCCCUCACGAUUUCCGCCUCACCAACGUUCUCGUUUCUCCACACGUAGUCACUAGCCUCAUUUCAGUUCCCAAGUUCACUAAGGAUAAUUCUUGUUCCGUUGAGUUUUACCCAUGUGGCUUUCUUGUGAAGGAUCUUCGAACGCGGCGGGUCCUCAUGAUCUCCAUUAGCAACGGCGACCUCUACCCCUUUGUUGGCAAUAAAGCGUCCUCGGCGCCGCACUUCUUGCCACUGCAUCACCUGAAUUGUGGCAUCAUCGGCUCGGACACCCCGGCGGUCAUACACUCUCCACAUUAG